ACCACUGCAGGGCCUACUACGACAACUGUAGCUCCCACAACAACUAGUUCUGCAGCUCCUACGACAACUACAGCUCCUGCAACAACUACAGCUCCUGCGACAACUGCAGUUCCUACAACAACUGCAGCACCUACUACGACAACUGCAGCACCUACGACAACUGCAGCACCUACGACAACUGGAGCACCUACUACGACAACUGCAGCACCUACUACGACAACUGUAGCUCCCACAACAACUACUUCUGCAGCUCCUACGACAACCUCAACUGCAACACCUUCUACAACUGCAGCUCCUACAACCUCUAUGACUGCAGCAACUACUACGACAACCACAACUGCACCUUCUUCUACAACCACAACUGCAGAUCCUACUACAACAUUAGUUAUAGUUUCAAGCACUGCAGCAGCUGAACCUACAACAACUGUAGGUCCUACUACAACAACUGUAGCUCCUACAACAGCUACAACUGCAGCAACUACUACAACUGAAGCCCCGACAACAACCACACCUUCCACGACAGCUACAACUGACGGUCCGACAACAACCACACCUACAACGACAGCUACAACUGAAGCUCCUACGACCACUACAACGACAACUGCAGUUCCUACGACAACUGCAGCUACUACAACAACUGCAGCACCUACGACAACUGCAGCUCCUGUGACAACUGGAGCACCUACUACGACAACUGCAGCACCUACUACGACCACUGCAGCGCCUACUACGACAACUGUAGCUCCCACAACAACUAUUUCUGCAGCUCCUACGACAACUGCAGCUCCUGCGACAACUGCAGUUCCUACGACAACUGCAGCUACUACGACAACUGCAGCACCUACGACAACUGCAGCUACUACGACAACUGUAGCUCCCACAACAACUACACCUACUACGACAACUGCAGCACCUACUACGACCACUGCAGCGCCUACUACGACAACUGUAGCUCCCACAACAACUAGUUCUGCAGCUCCUACGACAACAACUGAUGCCCCGACAACAACCACACCUUCCACGACAGCUACAACUGACGGUCCGACAACAACCACAACUACAACGACAGCUACAACUGAAGCUCCUACGACCACUACAACGACAACUGCAGUUCCUAUGACAACUGCAGCUACUACAACAACUGCAGCACCUACGACAACUGCAGCUCCUGCGACAACUACUACUACGACAACUGCAGCACCUACGACAACUGCAGCUCCUGCGACAACUGGAGCACCUACUACGACCACUGCAGCACCUACUACGACAACUGUAGCUCCCACAACAACUAGUUCUGCAGCUCCUACGACAACUACAGCUCCUGCGACAACUACAGCUCCUGCGACAACUGCAGUUCCUACAACAACUGCAGCACCUACUACGACAACUGCAGCACCUACUACGACCACUGCAGGGCCUACUACGACAACUGUAGCUCCCACAACAACUAGUUCUGCAGCUCCUACGACAACUACAGCUCCUGCAACAACUACAGCUCCUGCGACAACUGCAGUUCCUACAACAACUGCAGCACCUACUACGACAACUGCAGCACCUACGACAACUGCAGCACCUACGACAACUGGAGCACCUACUACGACAACUGCAGCACCUACUACGACAACUGUAGCUCCCACAACAACUACUUCUGCAGCUCCUACGACAACCUCAACUGCAACACCUUCUACAACUGCAGCUCCUACAACCUCUAUGACUGCAGCAACUACUACGACAACCACAACUGCACCUUCUUCUACAACCACAACUGCAGAUCCUACUACAACAUUAGUUAUAGUUUCAAGCACUGCAGCAGCUGAACCUACAACAACUGUAGGUCCUACUACAACAACUGUAGCUCCUACAACAGCUACAACUGCAGCAACUACUACAACUGAAGCCCCGACAACAACCACACCUUCCACGACAGCUACAACUGACGGUCCGACAACAACCACACCUACAACGACAGCUACAACUGAAGCUCCUACGACCACUACAACGACAACUGCAGUUCCUACGACAACUGCAGCUACUACAACAACUGCAGCACCUUCCUACGACAACUCUCCUACAAUAGCUACAACUGCAGCAACUACUACAACUGAUGCCCCGACAACAACCACACCUUCCACGACAGCUACAACUGACGGUCCGACAACAACCACAACUACAACGACAGCUACAACUGAAGCUCCUACGACCACUACAACGACAACUGCAGUUCCUAUGACAACUGCAGCUACUACAACAACUGCAGCACCUACGACAACUGCAGCUCCUGCGACAACUAGUUCUGCAGCUCCUACGACAACUGCAGCUCCUGCGACAAGUGCAGUUCCUACGACAACUGCAGCUACUACGACAACUGCAGCACCUACGACAACUGCAGCUCCUGCGACAACUGGAGCACCUACUACGACCACUGCAGCACCUACUACGACAACUGUAGCUCCCACAACAACUAGUUCUGCAGCUCCUACGACAACUACAGCUCCUGCGACAACUACAGCUCCUGCGACAACUGCAGUUCCUACAACAACUGCAGCACCUACUACGACAACUGCAGCACCUACGACAACUGCAGCACCUACGACAACUGGAGCACCUACUACGACAACUGCAGCACCUACUACGACCACAGCAGCGCCUAAUACGACAACUGUAGCUCCCACAACAACUACUUCUGCAGCUCCUACGACAACCUCAACUGCAACACCUUCUACAACUGCAGCUCCUACAACCUCUAUGACUGCAGCAACUACCACGACAACCACAACUGCACCUACUGCUACAACCACAACUGCAGAUCCUAUUACAACAUUAGUUGUAGUUUCAAGCACUGCAGCAGCUGAACCCGCAACAACUACUAGUUCUGCAGCUCCUACGACAACUACAGCUCCUGCGACAACUGCAGUUCCUACAACAACUGCAGCACCUACUACGACAACUGCAGCACCUACGACAACUGCAGCACCUACGACAACUGGAGCACCUACUACAACAACUGGAGCACCUACUACGACAACUGCAGCACCUACUACGACCACUGCAGCGCCUACUACGACAACUGUAGCUCCCACAACAACUACUUCUGCAGCUCCUACGACAACCUCAACUGCAACACCUUCUACAACUGCAGCUCCUACAACCACUAUGACUGCAGCAACUACUACGACAACCACAACUGCACCUACUGCUACAACCACAACUGCAGAUCCUACUACAACUACUACAACUGAAGCCCCGACAACAACCACACCUUCCACGACAGCUACAACUGACGGUCCGACAACAACCACAUCUACAACGACAGCUACAACUGAAGCUCCUACGACCACUACAACGACAACUGCAGUUCCUACGACAACUGCAGCUACUACAACAACUGCAGCACCUACGACAACUGCAGCUCCUGCGACAACUGGAGCACCUACUACGACAACUGCAGCACCUACUACGACCACUGCAGCGCCUACUACGACAACUGUAGCUCCCACAACAAUAGGUUCUGCAGCUCCUACGACAACUACAGCUCCUGCGACAACUGCAGUUCCUACAACAACUGCAGCACCUACUACGACAACUGCAGCACCUACGACAACUGCAGCACCUACGACAACUGGAGCACCUACUACAACAACUGGAGCACCUACUACGACAACUGCAGCACCUACUACGACCACUGCAGCGCCUACUACAACCACUGCAGCACCUACUACGACAACUGUAGCUCCCACAACAACUAGUUCUGCAGCUCCUACGACAACUACAGCUCCUGCGACAACUACAGCUCCUGCGACAACUGCAGUUCCUACAACAACUGCAGCACCUACUACGACAACUGCAGCACCUACGACAACUGCAGCACCUACGACAACUGGAGCACCUACUACGACAACUGCAGCACCUACUACGACCACUGCAGCGCCUACUACGACAACUGUAGCUCCCACAACAACUAGUUCUGCAGCUCCUACGACAACUACAGCUCCUGCGACAACUGCAGUUCCUACAACAACUGCAGCACCUACUACGACAACUGCAGCACCUACGACAACUGCAGCACCUACGACAACUGGAGCACCUACUACAACAACUGGAGCACCUACUACGACAACUGCAGCACCUACUACGACCACUGCAGCGCCUACUACGACAACUGUAGCUCCCACAACAACUACUUCUGCAGCUCCUACGACAACCUCAACUGCAACACCUUCUACAACUGCAGCUCCUACAACCACUAUGACUGCACUACAACUGACGGUCCGACAACAACCACAACUACAACGACAGCUACAACUGAAGCUCCUACGACAACUACAACGACAACUGCAGUUCCUAUGA